GGAUUUUGAGGAAGUGCUCAGCCAGCGGGCAAAUCACAAAGCAACAGCGGCGGCCCUACGGUUAUUUUAAACAGAACAUUCGCCUUCGCGCUGAUAAUACACUAUGGCAUAUCAACUCUACAGAAACACGACGCUCGGAAACAGCCUACAGGAGAGUCUUGAUGAACUUAUUCAGACCCAACAGAUCACACCACAGUUAGCUCUCCAAGUGCUUUUACAGUUUGAUAAAGCUAUCAACACAGCCCUGGCCAACCGGGUCCGCAACAGGGUCAAUUUUAGGGGAUCUCUGAACACAUACAGGUUCUGUGAUAACGUCUGGACGUUUGUGUUGAAUGACGUUGAAUUCCGGGAAGUGACAGACCUGGUCAAGGUGGACAAAGUGAAAAUUGUAGCAUGUGAUGGCAAAAACACUGGGUCUAAUGCAGCAGAGUGAAAUCCAGCUGGAGGACGAAAACGGAAUAGAAUUGUUGGUUGAUGGGAAAGAUGAAAAGAAUUGAAGAUGGGGCACACAGCGAGGAGGACUGUGUAUAUAUUAUUUAUUACAAGAAACAGUUCUCCAGCCUUCAUGCAUUAACCUGCUCAGUGGAGGACUGGCACGUGUAUGGAGCACACAAGGCCUUGGAUGUCACAUGAAAGUUUUCUUUUUAUAAAUAAAUAUAUAUAAUUUUCAUAGAAAUGCCAAUGCUUUUCAGUUUGUUACUAUUUAGCGUAUUCUCUAAUAAACUUGUUUUAAAGGU